AUGUCGGACGACGACGAUUUUAUGCAAGAUUCUGAUCAAGAGCAAUACGACUUUGAGUACGAAGAUGACGAUGAAGAAGAAGCAGGAGAUGUCGGUAUCGAGAACAAAUACUACAAUGCCAAACAGAUGAAGGCGGACAAUCCAGAUGAAGCUAUCCAAGAGUUUCUGGGGAUGCCGGCUCUGGAAGAUGAAAAAGGAGAUUGGGGCUUCAAGGGUUUAAAGCAGGCUGUCAAACUAGAAUACAAGCUUGGCAAAUAUGACAAGGCUAUAGAGCACUACACCGAGCUCCUAACUUACGUCAAGUCUGCUGUCACUCGCAACUACUCGGAAAAGUCCAUAAACAACAUGCUAGACUUCAUCGAGAAGGGUGCCGAAGACGAGAAAGCAUACCACUGCAUGGAAAAAUUCUAUUCUCAAACUUUAGAAUCUUUCCAGAGUACGAACAACGAAAGACUGUGGUUGAAGACUAACAUCAAGCUAGCGCGGCUAUGGUUGGAUCGAAGAGAAUACACCCAUUUGGUCAAGUUGGUCAAGGAGCUGCAUCGUGCUUGUCAGAAAGAAGACGGAACGGAUGAUCCAAGCAAAGGAACCUAUGCUUUGGAGAUCUAUGCUCUAGAGAUCCAGAUGUACGCAGAGACGAGGAACAACAAACGCUUAAAGGCAUUGUAUCAACGAGCUCUGAAGGUUCGAUCCGCAGUACCCCAUCCUAAGAUCAUGGGUAUCAUCCGGGAGUGUGGUGGAAAGAUGCACAUGAGCGAAGAAAAUUGGAAGGAAGCCCAGACCGACUUCUUCGAGUCAUUUCGAAAUUACGACGAAGCUGGAUCUCUACAAAGAAUCCAGGUUCUGAAGUACCUGGUACUAACGACUAUGCUCAUGAAAUCAGACAUUAAUCCUUUCGAGUCUCAAGAGACAAAACCGUACAAGAACGAUCCCCGCAUAUCCGCCAUGACUGACUUGGUCGACGCUUAUCAACAGAACGACAUCCACAGAUACGAAUCGAUAUUACAGAACAACAAGGAUGUAUUAGCAGACCCAUUCAUUGCCGAGAAUAUUGAUGAGGUUACUCGAAGCUUGCGGACCACCGGAGUUCUCAAGUUGAUUGCUCCCUAUACGCGCUUCACGCUAGCUUUUAUUGCCAAGCGGCUAAAUAUAUCCGUCACGGAGGUGCAAGACAUUGUGGGCUUCUUGAUCCUCGAUAAAAAGAUCGAAGGCAAGAUCAACCAGGAGAAGGGCACUGUUGAGAUGGACAAUCGCAGUGAUGUUAACCGGACGCACGCAUUGCAAGAAUGGACAUCUGCGAUUGGUGCGCUUUCUAGGACUGUUCUGGAUGAAGGGGACGGCUUCAAGACAGACAAUUCUCAGUCAUUAGGUGGUCCUUCCAUCGCUGGCUUACUGUCUACGGGAAACCGUGGCGGCGGCGGCGGAGGGCAAGGACCUGCUGGGUUCGGCAAAGCAAGAGGGGCUAAGAAGGGUGUGGGCUUUAGUGCGCGGGCAUCUAGCAUGCUGAAAUGA